UGUUUGUUUCCAUGCAACAAAAAAAAAACUAAUGCCUACACAUGACAAUUGCAUGUGCAAUCCUAUACAAUGAUUUCUCAAUUAUGAAUCAAUCAAUUAACACAGAAAGCGUAGUAGUUUUAGUUUAGUAAGACAUAGAAAUAGUUUUGGAUGGGGGAAGGUGGGGGUGCAUAGUGUUUGAAUAGUCAGUAUUUGUUCUACAGCGCUGCUUAGGGGACUUUGUCAUGUAUUUUGGAACCUGUUAGGCAAACAAGAACAGUAAUUAUUUACUUUGUAAACAUUGUGUCCAGAUUAGAUUGAGUGGACAUCUAUUGUACUCUCAAAUACAAGUACAUAAAUUAUACCUUUAAUUUUUCAUUUUCUCUGAAGUGGGUGUUACGUACUGUAGGUAGAACAGUUUUUUCUUAUUCUAUCUUUUUUCAUUUGCCUUAGUUGUCGUUCCACUAUUAUUUAUAAAUAUGUGUAAUUAUUAUACAGUAUAAUGUUAUAUUAUCAAAAGCCCAUGAUGAUAAUGAGCCUUCUGAGCUCAGGAAACCACUGAAGGGUGUUAAGUUAAUCCCCCCACAAAUGACAGUAUCGGAGUGCUGUUACCUGAGACGAUGUCCAGGCAGGUGUGCUCAGUGGAGGUUGAGGCUAGCAGGAGGCACAACAGACUUGUGCUUAGCCGUGCUCCAUGACCCAACAGCAACCAAACGGGCAGGCCUUUCAAAACAUAUCCAAGUGUGUCAAGGGUGCUGUCAAACAUGGUGCAAAAGGAUACUGCUCCGACACCGAAAAUGGGGGAGAGGAGAAGCAGCGGCGAACUGUCACAGCCAGUGGAACAGCAGGCAUAGAGCCACAGUCUGAGUUAUUGAGGAGGAGACGCAAACCAGCCCUCGUCAGGUCAAAAACAUUUGAUCCGUCACUUCUGUCACAAGUUCAAAGUGACACAGAAGCCAAACUUGAGAGGAAAAAGCCUCAGUCUAGUCAGUUUUCCAAAACAAACACCCAGUACCACAAACUGUUUAAAGGGAUUAGCAAGGAUGAGCAGCUGAAGCAAAGUUACACUUGUGCUUUACAGAAAGACAUCCUCUACCAAGGCAGACUGUUUGUCUCCGAUAACUGGAUCUGUUUUCACUCUAAAGUGUUCGGCAAAGACACCAAGAUUGUGAUUCCAGUCCUUUCCGUAGCUGUCAUUAAGAAAACAAAAACAGCCAUAUUAGUGCCAAAUGCACUUGUGAUCGCUACAUCAAAUGAACGUCAUGUAUUUGUCUCCUUCUUGUCUCGAGACACGACUUACAAAUUCCUCAUGUCUGUAUGCUACCAUUUGGAGGAGAAGAGUACAGGAAACAGCCCCAUGGCAUCUUCAGCAGAGUGCAGCUUCAGAGUGGAACCUGCUGCUACCCUGCCUCUGGACUUCUGUGCGGACUUCUCGGAUCUGGACGGGAAGGUGAGGAAGAGGAGGCAGGAGAUGGAAGACAGCAGCAGCUCGGACUCCCACUCUCCAGACUCUCAGAAGAUGGCCGACUACUCAAAGCUUCCCCAGACAUUACUGAAUGUGACUAAACCAGGAGAGCUGCCUGUUGUCCCUGAACCUCUCCAACACUCACCUGAGACAAGAAGCACACCCCCAUAUAAUGGUGUGCCUGAGACAGCAGAGAUAGCGUACGAGAUCAAAUCCCUCAGACCCAUCUCCCUCAGCACACUGCUUAUGGUCUAUCUGUUCUUAGUGUGUGUUUUAGUCUUGUCCUCUUGCUACAUGGCCUUCAGGAUAGUUUCACUGGAGCAAAGACUGACCUCCCUGGGCUCCAUGAGUGAGCCACCUGACAAUGGAAAUGACUACAAAGGAGAUUACCUUGAAGAUAAUGCUGAAUUUUACUCAAUGUUAUCUGUGAAUCUUUUGAAACUGGAAAAGCUCCAAAGAAACUUGCAGAGAUUGCUGGAGGAGACACAGUGAUUUUAACUGCAUAUGUCCUCUGUGUUAACAAAAUGUGUAACUCUUUGUUGAUCUCUGUCGACAUGUAACCACACACACACACACACACACACACACACACACACACGCACACACUCACACACACACUCACACUCACACUCAUACACACACACACAAACAGAGAGGGAGAGAGCAAGAGCGUGUGAGAGAGAGAAAGAGAGACAUUUGAGACAUUUGUGUAUAUUACAUUUAUUUUUAUAAUUAAUCCACAAGGAAUUCACAAAGUUUUUGUCCAUGUUUUGGCUUCACAUUAUAUAUCACUUUGGUGAUGGCUUCUCA